AUGCUGCAUCGCAUAAGGUUGCUUUGUCCAAAGGCUGCUUAUAUCUCUAUAUAUCGUUAUAAUUCUAAUCUAUACUACCGUCGAUUCAUCAACACUACCAGCGGUCGGGACAAUUCCAAAUCAACACGCGAAGCAAAAACAGAAACAGAAACUAAAACUAAAACUAAAACUAAAAAUGAGGACAACAUCGAUGUCGACGGCGACCCCAAUGCCAUCCUCAUGGACGCGCUCCAAGCCCUCGAAAAUUUGCCUCCGCAUCGGUUAAAGGACAUCAACGCCAUCAAAAAGGUGCUCAAGCACUACGCUGCUCUCACUCAUGCUCCACAUAUCAUCUACGACGGUUUCCUCAACUUUUUCAUCCGCACAUGUCGCACAACACCCGCACUGUUUGUGAUGCAGCGCAUGGAGGCUUUGGGCUACACCCUGCUCAACCAGUCCGUGGCUAAGCUUUUGGUCUUGGUCGCUGCCUCUGCAGAGUACCCUCCAGACGAUUGCGCAAGGAUGAUAGCGGAAAUUGUGAAAGAGCCCGAGUAUACGGAAGAGAUGUUGAGGGAUUUGUUGGUGACGAUUAAAAGCUAUGGAAUUGACAACGAGCGGCAGGCACAGACAAUGUUCGUCGAGGCGUUCCGCGAGGUGCGGGAAGGGUAUAUCCCCUCGUUGAAGAUGCUCCCCACAUUCGUAGGCGCCGCAGUUCGCGCUGGAAAAUUCCAAGACGCACACAACAUGCUUGCGGCGUACCACUCCCCCUCCUCAUCCUCCCAGCCACACGUCGAACGCCCCGCCCGCACCCAGAUCUUUUCUGCGUAUCUCUCCCUGCUCAAGGCGUUGCGUGAAACUUUCUCCUCCGACCCCAAAUACGCUGAGACGUAUAACAAGGUGCUUGAGCAGAUGAGCGCGCACCAGGUACAGGUGAACGGCCGGCUGUUCGAGCAGGUAGUCAAGCACGAGGCGGCGCUGCGAGAUUGGGACGCGGCAUUCAGGGCAUAUGGGGCGCUGCGGGGAGUGAGCAAGCUCGAGGCGUCUGUGUCGGACGAACAGAAGCUCAUGCGCAUCAGCACGAGCACCUUCGCGACCCUGUUCAAGAUGUACACUGACAUGGGGCGCAAUCGGGCGUUUGGACUUGAUGCGGCAAAUUCGACACCGAGGUACAAGGGAAUGGGGAUUAUGUCGCCGAGAGAGCUGUUUCACGAUUUUAUCAGGGUGUUUCCUACCUCGAAAACAUCAACGACAACCGCGUCUUCGAGUUCCUCUUCCCGCGUGUACACAUCCACGCCGCUACUGCACGUCAUCCUGCGCGCAUUCAUGGCGCAGGUGGACUACGCCGGCGCGCUCGUCGCGCUCCGCAUCUUCGCCGCGAACGGCGGUGCAAACAUACUUACACAUCAGACAUACUAUAUCAUUGUCAAAGCGAUCGUGGGGCGGGUGUGGUAUGAGGCAGGGAGCGGCAGGCCGGACGCCGCAGAGUUAGUGGCAGGCAUGAAGGGGCAGUACGGGCUGGGGUGGCGGCCUGGCCUCGAGUUAAUGACGAAGCCGAAACCCAGGUUGAGAAAUGCGGCGACGUGGACGUCUAGAUUCCUCGGGUUGCCUUCUGCUCAUGUGAAGCCGAUUCUCGGGAUGAGGCUUGUGAAUCAUUUGCUGUUCCUUAUCUCGAGGAGGGAGUGGGAGGUGGGUCGAAGUGUGUAUCCGGAUCGGGGCAAGAGUGAGGUGUGGAGGGAUGUGAAGGAGGACGAGGAGGGAGUGUCGAAACACGAGUCAGCAUCUUCUUUAGGGCCAGAGGCUGGGAAGGACACGCACAAGAAUGAAAUUGUUGACGGAACCUCGCCCCCAAAACCGGAUCCAGCAGAAUCGGGCCCAUUGUGCAAAGUGCCGACGAUGCACAUGAUGGAGCAUGUGCAACGCCCGCAGCCUUUGGACUUCAAAUACGAGCUCGUGCCCUUGGAGAGGCUGCUUUUGCGCGCGAUUUGGGCUGUCGAUGGGAUUGGCGAAGCGAAGGGAAAGGCAAUGAUGGAUGGAAUGGCUGGAGAGGAGAGGGUGGAACAAGCUGUGAAGAAGGCUGAGCGCCUUAUGUUGGGCGGAUAA